AACCAUACAAGUCACCGUGUUGCCAUUGAAUAGCAUGGAAUUAAACCUUCAGUGUAUAUGCUUUGUGUGUCUCAGUUCGCAUAGAUUAUCUGUUCAGUUCUAUUAUUAGUUUGUUUUUUGACCAAACCUUACUUUUAUGUUUAUUGUUUGAGAACCUGAUCAGUUUUCAUGUUUUCAUCUGAUUCGUUAAACGUUCUGAAACAGAAAGGAAUACAAAGUAUAAUGGCUGACCCCGUUAAAGCAUACAAUACUAGGAAUAAAUCUAAACAGGACGCUGUUAAAGACAUCGUCAAGUUUAAAAUGAAGAGCAAACCAAAACUACCAGGUAACAUGGUUAAAGGAAAUUCUGGAAUAACUGUGGUGAAAACUACUGCCUCUAAGAUCGUUCAUAAACGGGAUCAUGUGGAUAUUGCGUAUGAGGAAAAUGAAAAACCCCCAAACAAGAAAAAUAAAGACUUAUCUAUUCCACCAAAAUGGGAAGAGGUACUGGCAAAUUUACGUAUAAUGAGGAAAGACUUUGAUGCUCCUGUGGAUUCAAUGGGAUGCCACAAAUGUCAUGAAGAUAAUGCACCAGCUGAGGUGACCAAAUCUUAAAUCUCUGAAUUAUUUCUGUUUCCUUUUCUUGAGUAGGUAGUCAAUUUAUAUUGUAAUAUUUAUGAACCUGUAACUGGAUUUUGAUCAGAAAUUACAUUACCCACACUAAUGAUACCAGAUGCCUCGCUGCUAGACAAUCCAGAGCCUCCCUGCAUUGCAUCUUACAAGCACUUCAUGCCUUCAUUGCAGUCUGGAUGUUGGAGAAGAUUAUUAUUUCUUCUCCUAGAGGAUUCUUCUUCUAGGCGCUCCACCUCCAAAAUGCGGAAGUGCAAUUAAAUGCACCUUCAAAAUGGCCACAAGUGCCACUUUUUGAGGAUUGAGAGUCAUCUCCAGCCUACUGACCAGAUUGUGUAAGGCCAGAUCAGUUGACUUUCCAGCUUGGUAUGCAAAAUUAAUGGAAUGAACAGCACACCUUACCAGCAGACCAUCCCUCAAAAAUCUGUCAAUUAUCCUUUCCAAUGUCUUAAGCAUAAAAGAUGAAAAGGUAUUCGGAUGAAAGUCCUUUAAGCAAGUAUAUCUAACUCUGCACAGUUUAGGAAUAAAUACCAGUUUAGCCUGCUGCCAGCUUCUAGGUGUGUAUCCUGUGGCCACACAUGCUCGAAACUCCUUCAAAAGGUAAGGAACAACCGAAUCCCACCUGUGCUGUAACAUGGCUGGAAAUGCGCCGUCCAGAUCCGGACUUUUGUAUGAAGCAAACGAAUCGAUUGCCUAUGCUAUCCUUUUGGAGGUGAUAAUCUCUCUUGUGUGCGUCAGUCCUCCCCUGAGGGCCUAUGCAACGGCAUGCACUCUAUGAUUGUUUGCGAUACUGUGGAACUGGGAAGGUGCGUAUCCAUCAGAAGCCUCACAGUACCUUCCUUGGAAGUAGUAUUACCUCCCAAGGGAUCAGACAGAUCUCAAUCUUGCUUUAGUAUCUUUGCAUAUGAUUCUGUAUAUUCUACCUGUAGCAGGAAUGUCAUUAACGGGCUGACAGAAGUUCCUCCAGGAUUCUCUGGAGGCCCUUCUAAUCUCCUUUUUGUAUUCCUGCAACAUCUUCUUGUAGUCUUCCUAUAGAGGAGAGCAGCUCCUUUGCCUAACUCUACCAACAAGUUUGUGCCCAGCUCAUUUCCUAUCCUCUAACUCUUUGGAUCUGAAGGUUUCAUUGCCCUUACCUUGAACUUUGCGUAACAGGUAGUUUUCCUCAUACGAAGCUGUGAGAUUUUAGAUGCUAUUUCUAAGACCUUUAUUUGGUUCAUACCCCAGUAGUUUUGAAAUCUGGGAUCCUCGUUUGCGACCCCCUAAUUCUUCCGUAGUUCUAAUGUCCCAUGUUAUUGCUUGAUAUUUAUUAUAUGAAGAGUGCAAUUUUUAGAUGAUUAGAUAUCAAAAACUAUUGGCAUUAAUGUUGAGUAGUCAGACAAAGGACCAAGUAACAUUUGCAGCAAUGCAAAGGUUGAUCUCUCAUGGUUGUACUAUUGACAAUAUUCUCAAAACAAGCAAUGAAAACUUAGGUGAACUCAUAAAACCAGUUGGAUUUUGGAAGAAAAAAGUGGGCUACAUAAAGAAAACAUCACAGAUUCUGAAAGAACAAUAUAAUAAUGAUAUACCAAAUACUGUUGAGGAUUUAUGUAAGCUUCCAGGUGUGGGGCCAAAAAUGGCUCAUAUUUGCAUGAGUACGAGUUGGGGACAAGUGUCUGGUAUAGGUGUUGAUACUCAUGUUCAUAGAAUAUCAAAUCGUCUAGGAUGGGCCCAAAAUAAAACCCCAGAUGGAACAAGAAAAUGCUUGGAAGGUUGGUUACCAUUUGAGCUUUGGGCUGAAGUUAACCAUCUGCUGGUAGGAUUCGGCCAGCAAAUAUGCUUGCCUGUGAAACCCAAAUGUGAAACUUGUCUGAACAAAGAUAUCUGUGACUUUGGUGUCAAAAGCAUGAAGUCUAAAAUGAAAUAAUUUUAAGAUAAUGAAUAUAACAGUAUUAUAAUGCCUUUAUAUGAGCAAUAUUUAAUAACUCUUUAGUGUUUUAUGUUUCUUUUUAAAAUAUACUUUUGAACUCUC